GCGUGUUUAUAUGUGUGUGUGUUGGUAUGACUGAAUCCGUUCCCUUUAAAGUGUUCGAUUCGCCGUUUGUACUGUAUGUGUAACUUUUCAAUUCAGCUGCAGCGGGAACGUGUCCAUUGAACUUAAUAUAUAGAAUCUUUCGUUUCUUCGGGAGUAGGUUUAUUUGAUCGUAUCGUGACUGUUCUGCCAGUUGUUGAGGUACAUAUUCAAGAGAAGUGUUUAUAGGGGAAAAAUAAAAUCUGUUUCAGUGACGAUGACAAGUGUGAAGACUUGGCAACUACUUUUGUUGCCGUUUGCGCUCGUCUCCGUAGGGAAAGCGGAUUGCCCACUGCCUGUUCUGGGUGGCAAAUAUGUCUUGACCUCGGAAUCCACACAGAAGAAUAAUUUCCCAGAGAAUUCAGAAGCUUCCCUGGAGUGUCCCAAUGGACACCUGAAAGAUUCUGGGUCAAAUGUAAUCACCUGCAGGGGUGGCAAGUGGAGUGACGUGGAACUAAUAUGCAAAAAGCGAGAUUGUGGUACACCUAAACCUUCACCACAUAUGACCUACAGCAUCUCAGAUGGAACAUUGUUUGGUGCAUAUGCAAGACCCAUAUGUGAAAGAGGGUAUUUUCUUGAAGGGUCAAGUCACAGGCAAUGUCUUGUCACUGGUUGGGGUGGAAAACAUAAAUGUAUACGGAUAACGUGUGAGCCACCUGUCAAAAUUGAACAUGGCAAGAUAAUGACAUACAAGGAAUCUCCUGAGCUUGAUGAUGUCAUUGAAUAUUCCUGCAAUGCUAACUACAUCCUCAUUGGAAACAAAUCCUUGACAUGUGGAGAAGAUGGGGAGUAUGAUUCACCACCACCAACAUGCGAAGAAAUCCAAACACAUACAACAGCAAGCAUCACCACAAAUAUAGCUACAAGCAUAGGCACAACCGCCUUACAUUUAGAUGAAAUCCAAACACAGACAACAGCAAGCAUCACUACAAAUAUAGCUACAAGCAUAGCCACAAUCGCCUUAAGUGUAUAUGACAUCAAAAUACAGACAACAGAAAAAAUUACCACAAACACAGAUACGACUAACAGCAGUGUAUAUGAAAGGAAUGAGGAACUGCCUGCUACAUAUUCACAAAGUAGUGUGAUUAUCAUUGGCAGUUGUUUUGGUGCAAUUCAUACAAUACUGGCGAAGAACAGAGGACAAAAGAGGAGUUAUGUCUAUAUAAAAGUCUCUAAACUCAAGGUACCUACCAGUGUCAAAAACUUCACAAGUCUCUUUAACAUUUUCUUUGUUGGUCAAAAUCAUCAAAUAACUUCAUCUCAAACUAAUAUACUGUAUUCAUUAGUUGUUAGUUCUGGCAUUAGUUGCAACUGGUCCAUUGUCUAUUCUUAGUUUGAUCUUAGAUUGUAUUAUAGCAGUUACAUGUUUUAUUUUCCUAAAUAUAUUUUCUCUGGAUUUUCAACUACAGGACACGUAAUCGGACAGCUCCUAUGUGCUAGGAUAUGUCUGUUCCUGCAAGUGGACACAAGUUGCACAGUAUUAACUCCUUAAAGCUGCCAUGUUUAUACUUUUUGGGUGAACUAUACCUUUAAUGUCAUCUACUUACCCUCACAUGGUUCCAAACCCGAAUUACUUGACUUUCUUCUGUGGAAUACAAAAAGAUACAUUUUGAAGAAAGUUUACACUGCUGUUUUCCAUACAACGAAAGUAAAUGGUGACUUAGGCUGUCAUUCUGUCUAAAAUCUUUUGUGUUCUACAGAAAGAAAGAAAAAAAGCCAUUGAGCUUUAGAACAACUUGAGGGUAAAUGAUGACAGAAUGCACAUUUUUGAGUGAACUAUCCCUUUAAUAAUGCACUUUCUAAACUAGAUGUUUUAUUUAUUUAUAAUUGCUAUGAAAUGUUGUACUUUUAUAAAAAUAGAAAUAAAAUACACUCCAGACAUUGCUUAAAUGAGAUCAUAUUUUUAUAAAGUAUGUUUGAUUAAAG